CCGGAGAGAGUAACACUGCCGCUGCUACUUCCCAGAGUCUGAACUCAAAGAAUGGCUGUUCCGCUGCUUCUUAGAGGCGUACCGCUCCUCCUCCGUCUCCGACGGCCGCACCACGGAUUGGCAGCCGGUCUCUUCGUGCCGCCGUGCCAACCGCACUGCACUGCCGCCGAGCCGUCUAAGCCAGAUGAGAAUGGAUCCUCUGCGAAGCAGACUACGGAUGCCCUGAGCAGCAGGGACCCGCCCCAGUACCCUAGGUGGAACCAUCCUGAUUUCCGCGAGUGGAAAGAUAGGGAAGCUGAGAUCCUUCUAGAUAUCAAGCCUAUCACUUUACUUGUAAAGGAGAUUCUUCACUCCAAGAGGUAUUGGGCUGGGGAACGCCUAACAGCUGAAGAUGAGAAAGCUGUGGUAGAGAAGCUUCUUGCGUAUCAUCCACAUUCAGAGGAUAAAAUUGGAUGUGGACUUGACUCUAUUGUGGUUGGUCGGCAUCCUCAGUUUAGGUACUCAAGAUGCCUGUUUGUUGUGAGAACUGAUGGCGGAUUGAUAGAUUUCUCCUACCAGAAGUGUCUUCAAGCAUACAUCCGAGAGAAGUACCCAUCCGAUGCAGACAGUUUUAUCUGCGAACAUUUUAACCGUGGUGUCUCCCUCAGCUAGGGCUGUGUUGGUCGAGUACUGCAGACCGUGGGUUACCUGCAACAUACUGCCUGGAUAGAUCUACCAAUUUUCAGUGUGGUCAUUGAUCCUUGACUGGCACUUCCAUUUCCAUGUCUGAGCUGGGACAAAGAAAAUGAUCCAAGUUAACAUCAAUUUUGUUGACUUGCUACUCUAUUUUCAUUGGAUUCGCAUAUGUUUCUGAAAUUUUCUGUAUCGACGAGCAUUUUUUUUUCCCCUACAAGUCCGAGAAUAAGCCAACCUUUGAGAGGUUAGCAAAA